AUGAGUUCUGACGACCGCUUAUUAUACCGAGAAACAAGAGCUGUUAAGAUUGGUGAAGUAGAACGCUUCAAGAUACGGUAUACCCCGGAACAAGUUGAUGAUAAUGACGGCAACAUAGCCAGGAUGCCACCCGAUCUUUGGGUUAAGGUUCGCAACUGCGAGUCUCUUGCAUUUAGAGCUGCAUUCAUAGCUGGUCCGCAUGUUCUCUAUGUUGAUUGUACACUGGACGAUUAUGAUCAGAAUCAAAAGUGUUUUGUCACUGCUGACCAACCAGUGUUUGUUCCACAACUUCAACCUGGUCAAUCGUUUUACGCUCAACUCUGUUGUCACACAUUAAAGCCCGAAUACAGUUGGAAAGUCGAUAUUGUAUCUCAGAUUAUCUUCAACACUUCUCUCUCUGUUAAUUUUGAAAUCAUGAUAGGAACGUCAAAGGAGAUCCUACACGAUGCUUCUUCAACCGAUAAAGAUAUCCCCCAUAAAUACGAUGAAGGGUUGUUCUGUUCCACGACAUUACUUACGGUCUUCAAUCAGAGCACCCUUGACUUGUGGAACUUGCCUCAACCAGAUCCACAAAGGCCCAUCCAUUUGGUCAUUCUCACCCAUGGUCUUCAUUCGAACGUCAGCGCGGACAUGCUUUAUUUGAAAGAACUGAUAGACAAAGCUUGCGGUGACGAUAAUGUAGUGGUGAAGGGCUAUUUUGGCAACGCUGGAAAAACAGAGAGAGGAGUGAAAUAUUUAGGGUGCAGAGUUGCUGAAUAUAUUGUUGAAUUGGUGACUAAACAUGAGACCUUUAAUAAUCGUAGAGUCAAUAAGAUUUCAUUUAUUGGCCAUUCACUUGGUGGCUUAAUUCAGACGUUUGCAAUUUCUUAUUUGCAAUAUAACUUCCCCUGGUUCUUCCAGCAAAUCCAGCCCAUAAAUUUCAUUACCGUGGCCACACCUUUACUAGGUGUAUAUUCCGACAACCCAUUAUAUGUGAAAAUAGCUCUCCUGGCAGGCAUAGUCGGAAAAACAGGACAAGAUUUGAGCUUGAAGGAUCUGGAACAAGGCGGGAAGCCUUUACUUUAUCUUUUGCCCACAGGUCCGACCCAUAUUGUACUUGAGAAGUUUAAAAGACGAACAGUUUAUGCCAACGUUGUUAAUGAUGGGGUAGUUCCCUUAAGAACAGCAUCGUUGAUGUUUUUAGACUGUCAGGAACUUCUACAAUUAAUAGAAAAGUCCGAAGAAGAAAAGAAAGAGGUAGAAGCUGAACAGCAGCCAAUUAGAUCGAAAGCCGCUUCGUUUCUUCCCCUGACCCUGUUAAUAUCAUUCUUUCUUCCCCAUAUAUUUUCCACCACCAAUAAUGGCAAUGGUAAUGGACAAACUCCUGAGCUGCUGGUUCUUCCUGAUGUCAAUGAUGUUGAUGACGAUGUACGAGCGUUCCAAGCUACAGAUAUAGCCAGUUUAUCCGGAAGAAUCAAGAAAUUAUCAAUGCUUGAAACUGCCUCUUCAUUAAUUCUUCCCCCACUUCCCGAAAGCAGUUUUAUCUUGGACCCCAAGAACCGUGACGGAAUUAUAGUUCACGAUAAAAUUUAUGGUGAAGGUGAUUUACCUACCAAGAGUCGUGAACUGCUUGAUGAUUUACAAAACAGUUCAACAGAAAAACGGUACGAACUUCUUGAAGAGGAAAUAGCCCGUCAAUAUCACACUAAUAUGAAAUGGAGGAAGGUUUUGAUCCGUUUGAAGCCGGACGCACACAAUAAUGCUGUUGUGAGAAGAAGAUUUGCCAAUGCGUAUGGCUGGCCCGUUGUGGAUCACCUUGUGAAAGCACAUUUUGUUGAUAUCGAUAUGGAAGAUAAUGCAUCCCAAAUUAAUCCGGAUCCUAUUGAUUAUAACCUUGAUUUGACUCCUGUUCUCUCUAGAGACUUGAACCUUGAGAAGAAUAAGGCCAUUGAAAAGGAAUGUCUGCCGAGUUCAUCAUCGAAAGAAGAUGAAAUCUCCGAAAAGGCAGUGAUAACUCAAGGGACUCCGGAUGAACACCAAUGGAUUAAUAACAAAGGAAAUGCUGAAUCUCUCUUUGCUGUUGGACCCACGGGGUUGCUUGCAGAUGUUGGAGAUAUGGUUGACAAUUUCAGUCAAUGGUACAAUAGUGUCGGUUUGCGACUGCUUAUAAAGAGUCCAGCAACGGUGACUGAAGAUAAGUUAGAGAUACCUGAGGGACGUUCAGUGAUUGGAGAUUUCAUUUAA